AACGUAAAGUUAAUGGUAGAUUGCACGUGCUCAGUACUUGGUUAGAUAGUGGAUCAUUUGUCAUAAAUUUUUCGGGGUUCCUUUAAUUUUGUUAUAUUUGAUAGUAUAUUGUGUAUAAAUAUAUACGAAUAAUGGAAGCACUAAACGAUCCUGGUAAACAAGGAACAAUGGUAUUAUGUUGUGUUUGUGGUAUUGGUAUUGAACCAAAUCCAGCCAAUAUGUGUGUUGCAUGUUUGCGAACUCAAAUUGACAUUACAGAAAAUAUCCCGAAACAAGCAACGAUACAUUUUUGUAAAGGAUGCGAAAGAUAUUUGCAGCCACCUGCAGAAUGGAUUCACGCGUCGCUAGAGUCUAAAGAAUUGUUAACAUUAUGUCUAAAAAAGUUGAAAGGUUUGAAUCGUGUAAAAUUAAUCGAUGCUGGAUUCGUAUGGACAGAGCCUCAUUCGAUGAGGUUGAGGGUGAAGCUUACAGUACAAGCUGAAGUAAUGAGUGGUGCAAUUUUACAACAAAUAUUUGUAGUCGAAUAUAUAGUAAAUCAUCACAUGUGCGAUGAUUGUCAUAGAACAGAAGCAAAGGAUUAUUGGCGUACUUUGGUACAAGUACGACAACGGGCAAUAAAUAAAAAGACAUUUUAUUACUUGGAGCAAUUGAUUUUAAAGUACAGAACGCACGAACAAACUUUAGGUAUAAAACCUAUUCACGAGGGCCUGGAUUUUUUCUUUGCAAAUGAAGCAGCAGCUAGAAAGAUGGUUGAUUUCCUUUCAAGUGUUGUACCUUGUCGAUAUAAUCAUUCCAAAAAAUUGAUUUCGCACGAUAUACAUAGUAACAUCUACAAUUAUAAAUUCACGUACAGUGUAGAAAUAGUUCCAGUGUCUAGGGACAGUAUAGUAUGUCUUCCAAAAAAAUUAAGUCAUCAAUUGGGAGGAAUUAAUCCCAUUUGCUUUGUUUACAAAAUGACAAAUGCUAUUCAUUUGAUAGAUGUAUCAAGUGGACAAAUUGCAGAAGUGAAUUCCACUCUCUACUGGAGGCAUACUUUUAAUAGUAUUUGUAAUCCAAAACAGUUACUAGAGUAUACAGUAAUGGAUAUUGAACCAGUAAAGUUCAAGGAUAGGAAUUUCUUUCCAGGACAGGGAACAAUUUCCAAUAAACAUGUGAUAGCAGAUGUAUGGUUAGUUAAAAGUUGUGAAUUAGGAAUAAACAAUAACUUAAUUCAUACACGUACACAUCUUGGCCAGAUAUUAAAACCAGGCGACACUGCUUUAGGGUAUGCCCUUAAUGAUAGUAAUAUUAAUGAUGAAAAUUUUGAGAAAUUGAAUAAAGAUUCUGUACCAGACGUAAUUCUGGUAAAAAAGAAUUAUAUGCACAAUAGAGUCGCUCGUCGCAAAAUGCGAGCUUGGAAAUUAAAACACAUGCUAAACGAUGACAAUGCAACUACUGACAACAACGAUUAUUACGAGUUCUUAGAGGACAUAGAGGAAGAUGCAGAAAUGAGAAAAAAUAUAAAUAUUUUCCGAGAUCGUUCGAAAACAAUUCCAAUGAAUGCUUAUGAAGUACCUGAUCCUAAUUGUCCACAAAUUACCCUUGAGGAAAUGCUCGAUGACCUUACAAUUGGUGAUGUGGAAGUAUAGCAAAUCUUUUAAAGAAAGGUUAUAAUAAAGAUACAAUAAAAUAAAGGUUCCUCGUAAAUUUAU